UGUGGCUGCCUGCAGCAGGCGAGAGGGAUACAGGCACUGCAAGCAGCAUCCCAAGGUAGCCCAGGCGCGGAGGGACCCACCAGCCCAGCUGAGAGAGCCCACCUGCUCUGCCGCUGCGGGGUGACAAUCUAGGACAGGGUUCCUCCCCCCGCCGCCACUUCUUUUUGCCAGCUGCUCAGUGCCCGCUUGCCCUCUGUUCUUGCCUGCCUUUGGGAACUGCACCUCCUCUCCACUGCUGCUUCUUCCCCACAAAAGCCGCCCGCCGGGAGAGAAGCACACCGCCCCAGCCAGCAUGACCACCGAGGCCAACGAAUGCAGCAUCAAGGUGCUCUGCAGGUUCCGGCCUUUGAAUCAGUCGGAGAUCAUACGGGGAGAUAAAUUCAUCCCGGUUUUCCAAGGGGACGACACCGUCGUCAUUGGGGGCAAGCCUUAUGUCUUUGACCGUGUCUUCCCGCCCAACACCACUCAAGAGCAAGUUUACCAUGCCUGUGCCAUGCAGAUUGUAAAAGAUGUGCUGGCUGGGUACAAUGGCACCAUUUUUGCCUAUGGGCAGACUUCCUCGGGAAAGACUCACACCAUGGAGGGCAAGCUGCAUGACCCUCAACUUAUGGGUAUCAUUCCACGCAUUGCCCGGGAUAUCUUCAACCAUAUCUACUCCAUGGAUGAGAACCUGGAAUUCCACAUUAAGGUUUCCUAUUUUGAAAUCUACCUGGACAAAAUCCGUGAUCUGCUAGAUGUGACCAAGACCAAUCUCUCGGUCCAUGAGGACAAGAACCGUGUGCCAUUUGUGAAGGGCUGCACUGAACGUUUUGUGUCCAGCCCUGAGGAAAUCCUGGAUGUCAUCGAUGAAGGAAAAUCCAACCGUCACGUGGCUGUCACCAACAUGAACGAGCACAGCUCCCGUAGCCAUAGCAUCUUCCUCAUCAAUAUCAAGCAGGAAAACAUGGAGACUGAACAGAAACUGAGUGGGAAGCUUUAUCUAGUGGACCUGGCUGGCAGUGAGAAGGUCAGCAAGACAGGAGCUGAGGGUGCUUUGCUGGAUGAGGCCAAGAACAUCAACAAGUCCUUAUCAGCCCUUGGCAAUGUCAUCUCUGCUCUGGCUGAGGGAACGAAGAGCUAUGUGCCCUACCGGGAUAGCAAGAUGACCCGUAUCCUGCAAGACUCCCUUGGUGGAAACUGUCGAACGACCAUGUUCAUCUGCUGCUCGCCCUCCAGCUACAAUGAUGCUGAGACCAAAUCUACUCUCAUGUUUGGACAGCGGGCCAAGACAAUCAAGAAUACAGCAUCUGUGAACCUGGAGUUGACAGCUGAGCAGUGGAAGAAGAAGUUUGAGAAAGAGAAGGAGAAGAAUAAGACCUUCAAGGAGACAAUUGCCAAGCUGGAGGCUGAGCUUGGGCGCUGGCGCAACGGAGAGAAUGUCCCAGAGACGGAGCAGCUGAGCAACGAAGAGAAGGUGGUGGCUGAUACCUGCGAUGAGACGCCCAUCAACGACAACAAUUCCUCCAUCGUCAUCCGGAUUUCGGAGGAAGAGCGGCACAAGUAUGAGGAGGAGAUCCGCAAACUCUACAAGCAGCUUGAUGACAAGGAUGAUGAAAUCAAUCAGCAGAGCCAGCUGAUGGAGAAGCUCAAGCAGCAGAUGCUGGAUCAAGAAGAGCUCCUCAUGUCAACUCGUGGGGACAAUGAGAAGGUGCAGAGGGAGCUAAGCCACCUACAGUCUGAGAAUGACUCUGCCAAGGAGGAAGUGAAGGAGGUGUUGCAAGCACUGGAGGAGCUGGCUGUCAACUAUGACCAAAAAUCCCAGGAGGUGGAAGAAAAAAACCAGGAGAAUCAGCUGUUAGUGGAUGAGCUGUCUCAGAAAGUGGCCACCAUGUUGUCCUUGGAGUCAGAGUUGCAGCGGCUGCAGGAGUUCAGUGCGCAUCAGCGCAAGCGCAUCGCUGAAGUGCUCAAUGGGCUCAUGAAGGACCUAAGCGAGUUCAGUGUCAUUGUGGGCAACGGCGAGAUUAAGCUGCCGGUGGAGAUCAGUGGUGCCAUUGAGGAAGAGUUCACAGUUGCCCGACUCUACAUCAGCAAGAUAAAAUCUGAGGUGAAGUCUGUCGUGAAGCGCUGCCGGCAGCUGGAGGGGCUGCAGGUGGAGUGUCACCGCAAGAUGGAGGUGACAGGCCGAGAACUGUCUUCUUGCCAGCUUCUCAUCUCCCAGCAUGAAGCAAAGAUCCGCUCGCUCACCGAGUACAUGCAGAGCGUAGAGCUGAAGAAACGGCAUCUGGAGGAAUCCUAUGAUGCUCUGAGCGAAGAGCUGGCUAAGCUUCAGGCCCAAGAGACUGUACAUGAAGCAACCAAGGAGCAGGACUUGAUCCAGGACACAGAUGAAGUCAAAAAAGCCCUGGAAGUGCAACUGGAGAGUCACCGCGAAGCCCACCACAAGCAGCUGGCGCGGCUGCGAGAUGAGAUCAACCAGAAGCAGAAAAUCAUUGAUGAGCUGAAGGAGUCUAAGGCUGGUGAGGAAGGCUGGCGGGCAGUUGGCAUGUUUUCCAUCUCUAUGUUAGCAUCUCUGUCUCUCCGUAUUCUAUCCCUGCGCAGCUUGAACCAGAAGUUAGAGCUGGAGCUGGAGAAGCUUCGGGCCGACUAUGAGAAGCUCAAGAGCGAGGAGCUGGAGAAGUCCCAGAAGCUGCAGGAGCUGACAUUUCUGUACGAGCGACACGAGCAGUCCAAGCAGGACCUCAAAGGGCUGGAGGAGACUGUGGCCCGUGAACUCCAGACCCUCCACAACCUUCGCAAGCUGUUCGUUCAAGACGUCACGACUCGAGUUAAGAAAAGCGCGGAGUUGGAACCCGAGGAUAGCGGGGGGGCUCAUUCCCAGAAACAGAAGAUUUCCUUUCUUGAGAACAACCUGGAACAACUUACAAAAGUUCACAAACAGCUGGACCGCUGGGUCUCCAAGCUGGUUCGUGACAAUGCAGAUUUGCGUUGUGAGCUUCCUAAACUGGAGAAACGUCUUCGGGCUACGGCUGAGAGAGUUAAGGCCCUGGAGGGUGCACUGAAGGAAGCUAAAGAGGGUGCUAUGAAAGACAAGCGCCGCUACCAGCAGGAAGUGGACCGGAUCAAGGAGGCGGUGCGCUACAAGAACACCAUGAAGCGUAACCACUCUGCACAAAUUGCCAAGCCGGUGCGGCCAGGGCACUACCCAGCUUCAUCUCCCACCAACCCCUAUGGUGUCCGCAACCCAGAAUGCAUCAGCUACACCAACAGCCUCUUCCAGAACUAUCAGAAUGUCUACCUGCAGAAUGCUGGCAGCUCCGUGCCUGACAGCUACUUCACCAAUGCCUCUUCCAGCAGUGGGAGCAGCUCCACCAGUGCCCCUCCGACCUCCUACCAGAAGCUCAAUGAGGACAACGGAAAUGCCACAGACAUCAAUGACAACAGAAGUGACCUGCCGUGCGGCAUUGAAGCUGAGGAACAAGCCAAGCUCUUCCCCCUGCACCAGGAGACGGCAGCCAGCUAAUAACAACAGUGCCUCCUACUGCCCAAGGGGCCUCAACACAUCAUCAGUUUCUAAUCGGGACGGAAGCCUCAGCUCUGCAUGCCGCAGCCCUGGCUUUCCAUGGCCUCUGCUACAAAACGGGCCCUGUUUAUGUGUCCUGCUCUCUCCGUGUCCUGUAUAUUUAUCCAGCUGCUGCUUCACACUCUCUCUCACUGUUUCACUGUCCUAUUCAUUUAACUAGGCAAUGGUAUAUAUUCACUUUUUUGCCCCUCGUGGAGAGCCCCUCUUCUCUCUAGUCUAGGAGCUUCGUGCCCCCUUCUCUCCUGCCCUCUGUCACCUUAAGCAGAUGCCACAAGGGCUGGUUGCCAUUGAAGCCAGAUGAAGAAGGUCCCCUGCAGUGGGAAUGGGCUUCCCAAAGGGGUUACAAGGUACCACCUUCAUUUUGCCAUGUUUACCCUUGUCCGGUACCCAGCAACCCAUCCAUGUCAACCGAAGCCUUAGUGGGCCCUUGGGGAACUGAGCCUCUGCCUGUCACUAGUGAGAAAGAACAGCUACUUCUUGGUGGGUUUGAAUCACUAACUCUGGAGCUGAUUAACCUUGCCUCCCCCCAGGGUUCCAAAACUAGUUCCUAUCCCUCCCAAGGGCAUGAAUGGGGAGGAUGAGAGAGCAAUCAGGCUCCCUUCACCGAGCCCAUCACAGUGCUUGAAUCUUAAGCCUUCUUUAGGUUUAAACCACAUUUCCCGCCUGGGUUUACCCACAAGCUAGGGUCACCACGGCAUUUUAAGAGGAAAGGAUUGACCCCUAAAGGAAUCAAGAGGGGAACUCCCUUGUGUUUAAAGCUCAGCUUUGACCAGUCUGAAAGCCUAUGUCAAGUUUUUGCUCAAGAGAGGUUGCAUUGAUGGGAACAAAGACAGGGAACAUGACAAGACCGUGGACCGCAAGGGGUAGAGGAGGCUGAAAACUCGCCUGUGAGUCUGCAACUAAGCAUGGAGAGCACAGGACUCCAUGUUUUGGCGGCGGGGGGAGAUGCUUGCAGAUUAUCUGGGGGGUGGGGGUUGUCUGUCAGUCCUCUCACACGACCAACCACGUCCCAUGUCUAUCUGGCAGGGCAGGCAAGGGUCUAACGGUUCUGUCAAGAGGGACAGAACCAGGCUGCUGUUGGCACAUUUUGAGGGAAGGGGUGUUUCUUUUUUUUUUCCCCUGCGUCUCCUGAUUAGCUGGGGUCAGUGGCCUUUAGUCUGUGUUUUCCAUGUAUAAUCGCUAAGGGGAACAGUGAGUCCACCGCACAUCUUUGAUUAUAGUUGCCACACAGAGCAGAUGGGAUUGUGGGAGGAAGAGGAAAUGGCAAUCUUUGGAGGGACCGCAGGCCUCUCUGCCGUCAAGACUCCUCCACGACAGCAUUCCCUGCUUGCCCUUCCUUCGGGGGCUGCCGACACCCUGCCACUUGCUCCCUGUCUGCUCAGAUCACGCCAAAAUGUUGCAUGUCAGAAUAUUUAAAAGUUUAUUUAAAAAAAAAUAAAUGAACAACUAUGGUAAAAAAAAAAA